CGGGCCGCUCCCUGGACGCCCAGUACCGGCGACUAGACUGCGCAUGCGUGUCAGUGGCGUUUGCAGCGGACCGGGCUGGCAGUUCCUUCCUCGGAAGGAAAGAUUCCUCUGCCAUGGAGUCCUACGAUGUGAUCGCCAACCAGCCUGUUGUGAUCGACAACGGAUCCGGUGUGAUUAAAGCUGGUUUUGCUGGUGAUCAGAUCCCCAAAUACUGCUUUCCAAACUAUGUGGGCAGACCCAAACAUGUUCGUGUCAUGGCAGGAGCCCUCGAAGGUGACAUCUUCAUUGGCCCCAAAGCUGAGGAGCACCGAGGGCUGCUGUCAAUCCGCUACCCCAUGGAACAUGGAAUCGUCAAGGACUGGAAUGACAUGGAGCGCAUCUGGCAGUAUGUCUACUCUAAGGACCAGCUGCAGACUUUCUCAGAGGAGCAUCCUGUGCUCCUGACUGAGGCUCCUUUAAAUCCUCGGAAAAACCGGGAGCGAGCUGCAGAGGUUUUCUUCGAGACCUUCAACGUGCCAGCUCUCUUCAUCUCCAUGCAAGCUGUGCUCAGCCUUUAUGCCACAGGCAGGACCACAGGUGUGGUGUUGGAUUCUGGGGACGGCGUCACCCAUGCAGUCCCGAUCUACGAAGGCUUCGCCAUGCCGCACUCUAUCAUGCGCAUCGACAUCGCCGGCAGAGAUGUCUCUCGCUUCCUUCGCCUCUACCUCCGUAAGGAGGGCUAUGAUUUCCACUCCUCCUCCGAGUUUGAGAUUGUCAAGGCCAUAAAGGAAAGAGCCUGCUACCUGUCCAUAAACCCCCAGAAGGAUGAGACACUAGAGACGGAGAAGGCCCAGUACUACCUGCCUGAUGGCAGCACCAUUGAGAUCGGCCCUUCCAGGUUCCGGGCCCCUGAGCUGCUGUUCAGGCCAGACUUGAUUGGUGAGGAGAGCGAAGGCAUCCAUGAGGUCCUGGUGUUUGCCAUCCAGAAGUCUGACAUGGAUCUACGGCGCACACUUUUCUCCAACAUCGUCCUGUCAGGAGGUUCUACCCUGUUCAAAGGUUUUGGCGACAGGCUACUGAGUGAAGUGAAGAAACUAGCUCCAAAAGACGUUAAGAUCAGGAUAUCUGCACCCCAGGAGAGACUGUACUCCACAUGGAUUGGAGGGUCUAUCCUUGCUUCCCUGGACACCUUUAAGAAGAUGUGGAUCUCCAAGAAGGAAUACGAAGAAGAUGGUGCCCGAUCCAUCCACAGGAAAACCUUCUAAUGUGGAGACAGCACCUUCACCUCUCUCUGAAGUUAACUCCACUUGAAACCUCGCUUUCUUGAGUUGGGGUGUUGGAGAGGAACUGUCUGUGUGUGUGAGUGAGUGUGUGGGUAUGCGUGCGUGCACAUGGCGAGUGUGUGCGGCCCAGGGAUCCCGGGCCCAGAAAGGACAUUGAACUACCCGCGAUGGUAAUGGCCUGAGGCCUGGGGUUGACUACUAACUGGCCCCUUCCAGGGAAGAGCCCUGGCAGAGGCCCACUCCUUUCUCAGCUAGGCCUUUGUCUGGCUGUGUGGAACUAUGGUUACUACCAUAGAGAGACCUUGCUGCUGCCAAUCUAGGCUGGGCUGGCCCCACCCCACCCCAGAGUGCCCUGAGGCUGGAGGCAGCCGCUGUCUCCCCCCUCGUCAUUCUGCUGUCCAUGCUCUGGAUCAGACCGAGACCUGAGGCUGGGGUUAGGCUCUGUCCGGCUUUGUUUCAGUUUGGGUUUGAAGACUGAAAAAGCACCCCAGCAGUGAUUGUAGGCUGGGCUCAGGGGAGAGCAGGGUACACGUGUUUACCUGGGAACCAGGUAGGAACCAGGACCACACAGGGCAUGGGAGGACAGGCCAUAGCUGCAGGCUUAAUUCCCCAGCCCCAGCCAUCCAGGGAGACCCUGUGGGCGCCAGGCCCUGUUGUUUGCUUCUCAUCCUUGUUUCCAUACCAUCUUCAGUUUUAUUUAUGGGAGUGUUUGUUUGGUAAAGGGGCUGCAGAGAGGGCUCACUGCCCCUGCCCGCGGUCACCUGGCUUACACUAAUGUUUACAGCACCUAGGCUUUGCAUAGCAUCCGGGGCAUCACCCACCCGACGGUAAACUAACAGUGUUCACAGGCCUCAGGGCCCUGCAGGACUGGAGGCUGCACACAAGGCCUCCCGCCAGCCUCUUCUCCUUGCUCACUGCCCUGGAACCACCAGGCUGAUUGCGGUUAGAUUUUCCAAAACAGGAAAUCACAUCACUCUUUGGCAGAGGCCCCUUGCGAGGGAGGUAUGUUGGAGAUCUAGACCCUUUAAAACUAAGAAAGCUGCAGUUAACCAUAUUGCCUUUUACCACUCUAGCUGGCCAGGGAGACGAGGUCAAGGGCAGGGAAGCCAUUCUGGGUUGGUCAAAGCCACUCCUGACUUUGUACCUGUUUGGGGAUGGAGAGAAGAGGCCAGACAAAGUGCCAAGAACCGAUGGGCUCAAGCCUGGCUCUCAGAAGCGGUCCAAGGGCUUUGUACCCAGACAGUACAAAGCUAGGGUGAGCCUGUCUUCAUCGGCACCUUCACCAGUGAUACCCAGUCCCACCUCACUUCCAGAUUCCAAACAGUAUUCUCUCCACCAUCCCAUGACCAAAGGCCCCUGCUGAAGCUGGUGUGUGUGAAAUCAGUGUAGCAACCCAUAGACUGCAGUGCUUAACCAGCUCACCUCUUAGCCCAAGCCUGGCCCUUGCACAGCCUCGAAAAGCCACGUUGCCUGGUGGGGCCUAGUGUACUUAAAUAAAGUCGUUCCAAUAGAUACAU